UAAACAUUGAAUUUAGCUCGCUAGUUAUAUAAACCUCGCUACACACGUCACACUUUAAUAACCUUAGUUUGUGUGUCACUUUUGACACUGGUGAAAACGUCAGACGGGCAGAUAGACGAUGUUGAGAAGUCGGCAAGAUAGGACUUGUGCGGUAUGCUGUAGCUUUGUGCAGAAAAUAAAAUAUAAUGUCUUACAACCUCAGAAGUGGGAUAUCGAACGAGAAAACAAUGGAGCCAUCUAUUUCGAAGGAUAAAAUGAUGGGUGUUCUUAAAGAAGUUGGCGAAACCGUGCCUGAAUCAGCUUCCAUCACCCAAGUCAGGCGGCUAUUUGAUGCAACACACACCGAAAGCAAAAUGGCGACUAUCCAGACCACGCCAUCUUCUCUGGAAUUUGAAACAUGUGCCGAAGCAGCGUCAGGCAAUACAGAAGCUUCGGCGAGUACAAUUGAGACAUUGACUGCAAAAUUAAAACAAUUGAAGCUGGAAAAAGAAGUUUCGCUUCUUAAACAAGAAAUGGCCAACAUGAAGCAAAUACAACAACCACUGCCGUUGGACACAAUCAAAUGCAUCGAAGGGCUAGUUGAUAGUUUUAGUGGCGAAAAGAAUGAGAAUGCCGAAUGUUGGAUUAAGCAACUUGAACAAACUUUUCAAUUGUUCAAUGUUAAUGAACUAGAAAAAAUUAUUAUCACGCGCCGACUUUUGAAUGGUACCGCUGCAAUGCUGACAAAAUAUAUAGUGUUUACAAGCUACGACGAGUUAAAACAACAAAUUCUGGAAAAUUUCUCAACUAAACCUUCACCGGAGAGUGUAUAUCAUCAGCUUCGCCGUAGACAGCUUCUUCCUCAAGAAAGCACCAUAAGAUAUGUGCUAGAAAUGGAAAAUAUUGCUAAAAACGCCACAAUAUCAGAACAAGAACUAGUUUCAAUAAUAAUCGAUGGAAUUGGAGAUCCUGUGAAUGCUGCUGCGAUUCGUUUUUCUGCAAACUCUUUGACCGAACUUAAGACAGCCCUGCAAAAAUACGAAUCGAUACGUUUACAACCGGUGUCAGUUUCAUUCAAACCAAGGAUAAUGACCAGACCUGACAAUGUUGGAGGUAUAAAAUGCUACAAUUGUUCGAACUACGGGCAUCAUCAACGGGACUGCCAGCAACCACGACGGCGAAAUGGGUCUUGCUUCCUAUGUGGAAAUAUGGGACACGUUGCUCGAGAUUGCACUCAUCGUACUCAAUCGACGUCGGCUGCCAUCUACCAUAGUGAAGCAAAUCAAAACAAUGUUAUCCACGAACCGAACUAUAAUGAAAGCGCAGUUCAGAUAGAAGCUAUUCAGGAGCCCUAGGAGUUUUGUCAGCGAAGAGCUUGUCCCGACUCUUGCCCAAAAUCCGUGUUUUUCUGGAUUCCGCGGAUUAGGAAAUCAACCUUUGACAUCGCUAGGGUAUGCAGAAGGAAGAAUUCGUUUUCGUGACACUUAUGUUAACCAUUCAUUUAUCAUCAUUCCAAAGAAACAAAUGGCAUGGUCUAUUAUCAUUGGACGGGAUUUGUUAAAAAAAUUUAAUAUUCAUUUGCAUUACAUACGUUACCGUUAUUCCAAACAAAGUUUAAUGAAUUACAAAACCAUAAAUAAAAACGAACUUCAACCACACA